GUCACAACUUCCUCCUCACUCACCCACCCUAUAACCUCUCUCUCUCUCUCAGUUUCUCUCCAUUUCGCAUCUCUCUCUUUCCGCAUCAGAGCCUCCAUAUAUGGAAGACGUCGUCAAGUUCUUGUUCGGCAUCUUCGGUAAUGCCACCGCUCUCUUCCUCUUCUUGUCGCCGACGAUCACAUUCAAGAGAAUCGUCAAGAACAGAUCCACCGAGCAGUUCUCCGGCAUUCCUUACGUCAUGACUCUCCUCAACUGCCUCCUCUCCGCUUGGUACGGCUUGCCGUUUGUGUCGCCGAACAACAUUCUGGUGAGCACCAUUAACGGCACCGGCGCUGUAAUCGAGUCCGUCUACGUGUUGAUCUUCAUAGCCUUUGCUCCGAAGAAAGAGAAGGCCAAGAUUCUGGGGCUCUUCACUUUUGUGCUGGCGGUCUUCUCCAUCGUGGCUUUGGUUUCCGUUUUUGCCCUUCACGGCAACUCCAGGAAGCUCUUCUGCGGUUUCGCCGCCGCCAUCUUCUCCAUCGUCAUGUACGGCUCGCCUCUCUCCAUCAUGAGGACUGUGGUGAAAACGAAGAGUGUGGAGUUCAUGCCAUUCUUCAUGUCGCUGUUUGUGUUCUUGUGUGGCACUUCCUGGUUCGUCUAUGGGCUUCUCGGCCAUGACCCAUUUGUAGCUGUGCCAAAUGGGUUUGGGUGUGCUUUGGGGGCAUUGCAGCUCAUCUUGUACUUCUUCUACCGUGACAUCAAGAAGCAGCAGCCUAGUGCUGAAGACAGUGUGGAGCUGGGACUCGAAAAGCCUCACCAAUCGAAGCAAGCAAACGGCGUUAAUGGUGUCUAAGAUGGGCGUGGCAUCUGAAAUUGCUGCAUUUCUCACUUGGUGGUGUGGCUAGUUAGUUCAUGUUUUUCUUACUCAUGAUUUGAGUGAGUACUAAUGGCAAUGUCAAUUUUAGAGUCUGAUGGAAUUGACCGUAUAGAAACAAAUGUGGGAUUGUUGGUAUUGCUUUUCAGUUCAAUCAUGCAUAUGUACUGCUUUCAUGAGUAACAAGGACAAAUAUUACUUUGCUGAA